UCUUCCUUUUCGCUGCCCAUGGGCCCGUGAGGUGAUAAUAGGUCGUUUCCUCAUCCUUUCUUCAGUGGAAUGAAGGAGUGGUUUCUUUACUGGUGGCGGGAAGUAGCAGAUGACCUCGCGCUGAGCUGAGACCCGCUCUAGUGAGGAACUGGCGUCGGGAAGGUGUCGCGCGGCCCGCAGGCUCCAGCGCUCCCAGGGCCGACGUCCCCUGCGGCUUCUGUGCUGCUGAGGAGGGAAAAUAAACUCGUGAGGCUAGGGCCGCAUGCGGCGAGCCGACUUCCUCUCGAGCAGAAAUAACCUGCCCCGCCCUAGGCCCGCGGUCCUCUGCGUCCGAUAAAUGCAGCUUGAGAAAUGCCCGGCCGGUUUACUUGUUUAAUACUUGAGGGCGGCCAUGUGUUCAGUAACUGUUGAUUGGAGGAUUUACGAGACAGUCCUGUGCUAGGUUGGAGGUGGACGAGGGAAUGGGGCAUUGGCCGUGCAAACAGUAGAUGUGGUGCAAGGGUGAGUGCUGUGAUUGGUGGACUACAGAGUACAAUAGGAUCAAAGCGGGGCGCCCACCCCGAGGAUGGGGGACGGGUCUGGGAAGACUUCCCAGAGGGAGUGAUGUGUAAGACCAGAAACUUGUCUUGAUAGAGGUUGUGGCUGCCUGGGAGUAUAGAACUCAUCGCAUUGUACAUUGAAGAUUUGCCUUUCACUAGGGUCUUCACAUUUUGUGAAAUGAGCAAUUCAGAUGAUGAUGAUAUCCCCCAGCUUUCUUCCCACACCUUAGCAGCCCUCCAGGAAUUUUAUGCUGAGCAGAAGCAACACAUGGACCCAGCUGGGGAUGAUAAAUAUAACAUUGGAAUAAUAGAAGAGAACUGGCAACUGAGCCAAUUUUGGUACAGUCAAGAAACCGCAUUACGGCUUGCAGAAGAAGCGAUUGCAGCUGCUGGAAAAGGGGGCAAAAUAGCAUGUGUGAGUGCCCCCAGUGUCUACCAGAAACUGAGAGAGCUGUAUCGAGAAGACUUUUCCACAUCCGUCUUUGAGUAUGACAAAAGAUUUGCCAUCUAUGGAGAGGAAUUUGUCUUCUAUGAUUACAAUAACCCAUUGGAUUUACCUGAAAAAAUUGCUGCUCAUAGUUUUGACAUUGUAAUAGCAGAUCCUCCAUAUCUUUCUGAGGAAUGUCUCAGGAAAAUGUCAGAAACCAUCAAGUAUCUGACUAAGGGCAAGAUUCUGCUGUGCACAGGUGCUGUCAUGGAGGAAGAGGCAGUAAAACUCCUGGGAGUGAGGAUGUGCAAGUUUGUUCCCAAACAUACCCGGAAUUUGGCAAAUGAGUUUCGCUGUUAUGUGAAUUAUGAUUCUGGGCUAGACCAUGAAAACUAGCUACAGAUAGUGAUAUAAUACAGCAACGGACUUUGUGGGACAAUUCCCUCCUUUUUUUUU